CCCAGAGAAGAGACGUGCGGAGCAGGGAACGGAGGACUGGCACAGGGAGUACGGCAGUGCGGCACGCGGAGAACGGCCGACUGGCAUAGAGCGCGGCCGACUGGCACACAGAGGAAACGGAGGACGGAUACGGAGAGUACGGCCGGUUGGUACAGGAAGGAAACGCGACGCAUGUUCUAGAGACAACGAGAGUAGUCGACUGAACUAUUUGCAAGCCGAAGAAAGCAGAGAGACACACGAUCGCUACUACAGAAUAACAUAAUUAAGACACACUAAGGUAACAAAAGGAUCGAGUCUUUGUGGCACCGCACGGCCGGAUAAGAAAAUAAAAAGGAAAGAGACGAAUCAGAAUAGGACACAACAACGAGUGAUUUGUGACGAGGAUACUCCGUGUGUGUUUGGGUCAGUGGAGGACGCGCCCGUCCGGCCGGGCCGCGAGGACGGGAGGUCUGGAGAGCACUGAGGAGGACAUGUGACUGGGCCGGCCGCCGCGUGCCGAGGAGCCGGAAGCGGUCACCAUGCCACCGUUGCUGGUGUGGCUGGCCGGCGCUGUGCUGGUCAGCGUGCGCUGCCAGGAGGCGCUGGUCACGGUGACGGCGCUGGGCCGCAGUCUGACCAGCAUUGACCAGCUGCGUGCGCGCUACCUGCCCAUGGGCCCCGUCAUGGAGGUGGAGGGAACGCUGCUCGAGGUGCGCAGCGUGCACCUGUGUCGGCCGGGCGAGGCGGCUCUCCAGCUGCGACCCCAUCGCUGGAUCCCGCUGCUGAGGCUGGAGCCGCCCACCACCCAGCCCAGCGUCUGUUCAUCGGCCCGGAGCCAGGCGAGCAGUGCGUUCCAGCAGGGCGCGGUGGCCGUGAUAUUCGACAUGACCCGCGCCCCGGAAAUGGUCACAGAGCUGCUGGCCGGCCAGCGCCACCCGCGGCUGCAGGGUCCGGUGCUGGUGAUGCAAGAGCUGGACAUGGUGCGUCUGUCACAGCUGCUGAGGCCCGCCUCCAGCGUCACUGUGCGCGUCAGCCGGCAGCGGGCUGACACCGAGCCGGCCGCCGCCGCGCCCGCCUUCACCUACUUCGACAUCGCGCUGUUCGUCGUGUUCUUCCUGCUCAUCUGCCUGCUUAGCGGCGUGGUGCUCUACAAGAUACGAAAUCGGCGGCACAGGGACCCGGCGCUGCGACUAGCCAAGUCGGUGCUGCACCACAUCCCGACGCGCCGGUUCGCCGGCGGUGUCGGGGGCGGCACUCCGCGGCCCGGUCGACCCCGCUGUCUCUCAGCCCACUCUCCGGAGCCUCCGGCCGGUCACAAACCGCGCCUGGAGGAGCCCGAGGGGUGCACCAUCUGCCUGGACGAGUACCGACCCGGGCAGGAGCUGCGGGUGCUGCCCUGUCGACAUGAGUUCCACCGGGGCUGUGUGGACCCGUGGCUCAUCAGCCGGCGCACCUGUCCGCUCUGCACGUACAACAUCGUCGACCGAUGUCGGGCGUCGGACCUGUGCCCGCCGCCCGCCGAGCAGCCGGCCGUCCGCAGCUCGUCAGCGCCGCCGCCGCGGCCGCCGGCGCCUCCCAGUCUGUACCGCGCGCCCCCGGUCACCUGCCGGCCCACCGAGGUGACGACGAGCCGCGGCGUGCCGCAGUACCACGCCCUGUACCGGGACCAGUGUCUGCCCGGCGCCGCCGGCGGCCUCAUCAGCGUGCCGGCGUCCCCGGCACUGCGCGGCCGGCCCUACAGCAUGUACGAGCCGGCCGUCAGUCGGCCGACGCCCACCUACCUGACGCCGAGCGGCUGCCUGGACCGGCGGCCGCUCUCCUACCACCCCGAGGCCGUCAGUCCGUACCGCACAGCCGGCCGCUCCCUCUCCUACGAGCCGAGCGGACCGCCGCCGCCGGCGCCGCCCGGUGGACCGCCCCGCCAGCCGGCCUAUGUGAUCGUCCGUACCGUGUACCCCGAGUACGGCGACUCGGGACGGCUCGAGACGUGCACCGUGAUCCCCUGCCGACGGCCGGCGCCCGCCGGAGCCGACGGCCGGCCCUUCUCCGGGCUGCCGAUGCGCCGCUCGGUGGCCGGGCUGCCCGAGCGGCGCUCGUUCUGCGACCCCGAUCAGCACGCGCUGGUGGCUGCCGCCGCCGACCGGCGCUCCUACGCGGGCCCCGAUCAGCGGCUGGCGCCGCAGGGCGCCGACCAGCACCCCUACAGGUCGACAGCGCAGCGGCGCUCCUUCACUGCAGCCGAGACUGUGUGGCCUCCCCGGCCGCCCUCGUGGGCCGCCUCAGACACGGACUCCGAUGACCUGGAGGUGCGCUCCAUCACCGGGUCACGGGACAGAUACGACGGAGACGGCUACAGCACCGCCAGCGACGGCGAAGAGCACGCCGAAACGUGGACAGUCGUCUGAGAGUGACGAGAGAGUGAGGAGAGCGAGGGAGAGCACGCAGAGAGGUGGGCGGUCGUCUGAGCACGACGGAGAGCGAUGAGGAGAGUGCAAGGAGUGGGGAGAGUGAGGGAGAACAUGCUAACGUGUGGACGGUCGUCUGAGCGCGACGUAGAGCGAGGAGAGGGAGUACCGGGAGUGAGGGGAGAGUGCAGAAAAAGGGAGAGAGUGAGGGGGAGUGACGGACUUAACUCGUCUACCAGGAACGGUGAAAUAAGGACGAAGCGAAGACGGUGGGAUUCGGAUUCGUGGAGGUGGAAAUAAGAUCACUGCCGCGAGCGCGGUGAUGGUGAAAGACAGUGACGUUGGUGGACUGGAAAUGCCGCGAUAAGAGGCCGAGUGCGAACAUUUCAUCAAGCCAAGCCCACCGCCAGUCAAUGUGCGUAGUCUGUAGCAGAUGAUUACUGAAACCGACCAGGGUCUGUCACUCUUGUCGCGGCUGCCGCAGCUGUUAGACUAGGAAGCCAUAUCAAACGUCGGGCGUCCUAUUUACAACGGAGCCCAAUAUCUUUCAAUAUCGGGAACUGGGAAGCUUCAAAGUUCACAUAUCCCGUCAUUUUGCAUAACAGCCAGGCACGGAGAACUCCGUGAACUCAGCAGACUCAGUGAGUGUUCUGAGGUCGGUCGCCGCUGCGACCCGGCCGAUCACGGGGCCAGCUCGUGUCGGCGUGCUGUGUCGACGGGCACAGCUACCGCGAGCUUUCUGCGGCCGCCCGCGCUCCGACGACGCGCUGUGAUAUAGGGAGGUAUUGAUGGAAGAUCCGGGUACCGGACCUGACGAGCGACUGUUCGGAGUCGGGACGGGUCUCGGCCGAUGCCGGUCACUCCGCGGAGUGAGAGAUGUGACACGUCCGUCGUCCUGCGCCGAGUGCUUGUGGACCGUGUCGGUCUCCGGGAGCGCCGUACGUUAGCCACUAGUCCGGCUCGAUUGAGCGAGCCUCGCGACCGGUCCGCGGUCGGGUGAGAGCGCACACUCAGCGGGUGCCGGCCGCUGCACCAGUCUUUCAGUGGUGUGCCUGCCCAGAGCGCGGCCACUGCCCUGCCCUGUCCUGUCCGCCGCUGCCCGCUCUGUUCGCCCCAUCGAUCGACGGACCGUGAAUCACAUCCGGAGGACGGCCCGGCCGACUGUCAGCCGACGGCGGCGUCACGUGCCUUGGUGCUGCCGCCGCCGCCGCUCCGCCCCUCCUCCGUCUGACCCGCGCCACUAACAGUAUUUUUCUAGCCGGGCGUCAGCGGCCGGGCACCGUCUGACGGUUCCGGCCGCCGCGCCCCUGUCCCGUGAGCUCCGGCCCCGCGCCGGUCACACAGCCUGCUAGUCCGUCGGUCAGUCGGACGGACGGGAAAUUCGGUAAGAGCUUGUGAAGCCAUUUGAUUACAUUGACUA